UGUGUUGAUACAUGGAGGCAGACGGUGUUCAGUGGCAUAGCCUCCUAGGCUCUUUCUGCGGACCGCUCAUCGGCCCCAGCAGAGACAAUGUAUACAUGGUUUACGGUGAAAAUAGCCUAGCAUUGCGGUUAUUGACCCAGUUACCUGCAGUUGCAAGUAAUUGUUCAGCGGAAGCCGCAUGUUUAAUGUGACGAGUGCUUGUGCAUUGACUGCAAGGGAAAAUUAAACUGCACAAAGCAGAGCGCGACGUGCUUGCCUGAGUCAUUUUGUAAUGUAGGAGACGACGUAAGCACGAGAAAAUGUCCGAACUCGACAGCUUCAGGUCGCAGUGGUUGCGAGAACUGAAAGUAGAUGCGGCUAAGCCGGUUGUACCCGUCGAUGGUGAUCGCGCCGCAGACGUCUGCAGUCAAGAUCGCCUUGUUGCCGGAUUUGACGGUCGUCCCCAAAGGGCCGUCAAGCGGCGACUCGUCCAACUUGAGUCUAACACGGUGUGCCAGGAACAGCCUAGAGCAUUUGACAUUGCCGACCGCUUGCUUCAGGGCGAAAUCCUGACCAACGAUGAUCUGUUCGGGAAGUGCGAAGAGAAGAGGCGCCACUUGGGCCGUCGUACGAAUAAGCCAGUGGGGUGCGCAGAAGCCGCGCCUGCACAGAAGUCGUCUCUGGUGGACACCCUGAUCAAUGAUCUGGAUGAAAUUAAUGAAAUUCCAUUCUUCGAUAGCUACAUUCCUUCUGAAGUGGCUGUCAACAUCUUUAAGCACCUCGACGUUGUUGAUCUGUGCAGAUGUGCUCAGGUGAGCCGGGACUGGAGGAGUGUGGCAGAGAGCAGGCUGUUGUGGCAUCGGCAUUGCCAUCGCAUGGGAUUCACGGAUGUGGCCGUGGCAGCAAGAAACACUAACUGGAAGCACCACUUCAGGGAGCACGUGCAGAGGGAGUCUCUGCUCAGGCACAACUGGAAGAAUCGCAUUGGACGACUUUACGAACUGGAGUAUUCAAGAGCUGGUGUGCUGUCAGCAGUGGACUCAUCCGAAGACUUCGUCCUUGCAGGGUACUCAAGUGGCGAGGUACGCCUGUGGCAUCGAACCAGCUCUGGAGUGCAGCUGAGGAGUGUGGUCUUGGAUGGCGCAUCACUACAUCCAAACAACUUGAACUAUGUCAGCUCGGUCGCCUUGGCCAAAAGCUGUUUUGUUGUGUCGUAUGCAGAAGGUGAGGUCUGUGUCGGUGGUCUUGGUGACAGCCUGUCAGCAGCUUGCAACCAAGCAAUUGCCCUCCCUGGACCAGCGAAGGUGUCAGCCUCCAAGCAGGAUAACCACUUUGCCGCUUUCGGGGGCACCAACGUCGCCCUUGUAGAUACAUCUGGACAGACACAGUCAGUCCAGCUCCCUACCAAGGUCACACACGUGGCACUGCUACCAAUCAUACAUGGCCAUAGGCAACCACCCGUGGUGUCGGCUGCUGAAGAUGCUGUGCGGCUGCACGCUGGAGAGCGGUUUGAGGCAGACGGUCUCACCCUGCAUCACCUGAUUGGUGCUACUGUCACCUGCUUGGAUGUCUCGGAUGCCGUCAUUGCCCUUGGGCUCACCGACAGGUCUGCUGUCAACGUGUUUCAGGUUCCUCUGUAUGUGGCAGAGAAUGGACGACUGCUUGGCACCCUGACCAGCCACACAAGUUCCAUUCUGUGCGUCAACGUCGCCCAAUGUCCCGACAACCUGGCGCUGACCGGGAGCUGUGAUAAGAAUGCACGAAUUUUUGACCUGCGCACACUACAGUGUGAGGUGCGCAUCAGUGCACACGGACUGGGUGUCACUCAAGUGCAAAUGGAUGAACACAGUCUGGUGACCGGUGGUCAAGACGGCCUCGUCUGUGUGUGGGACCUACGCACUAAGGCAAAGCUCUGGGAAAUGUUCUGCAGGCACCCUGUGAAACAUUUGCGAGCCGACCACUCCACCCUCGUCACUGCGCACGUGCCCCACAACCUCUUUCCAGAACCAGAGGAUGGCAACAUUGUUGUUCACACGAGGCAGAGAGGGUCCAUCCGUAUGUACGACUUUUCGGCCAACCAGCAGACUUCAGGAAUCCCAUCCAUUUGUCUGUCGUCAUAUUCUGAACCAGCUGGUUAUAACUACAAUGUUCGCUUGGCUGUACCUUAUGAUGAAAUCGUGGAUGUCAUCUGAGAGUGCUGUUGAAUAGUCGCUGUCAUGUAAAUAAAAGCACAUUCAUAGGUUUUCA